AUGGAAACAUAUGUGAAACUGCUGAUCAUCCUGGGAGCCAUCUCAGGUGUAAGCCAUGGAGCUGGUGUGCUCCCAGACACUCUCGUUGCAGCUGUUGGAGAGACGGUGAUGUUCGCCACAACUGUGCCUCCACAAGAAACACCAAUCCUGGUUGUCACCUGGGGUAUUUUAGAUAUCAGUGGUACUAAUUUUAAUAUAAUAACCUCAUCUAGUGUAAACAUAACUGCACCAGGACAUACGGACAGGAUCACCCUCUUCAGAUCUACGGGAUCUCUGGAGCUCAGAAAUCUGACUCUCAAUGACAGUGGAGAAUACAGACUCACCAUUAUACCAGUUGCCAGCUCACAGUUGAAGGGAAGCUGCAGUCUUGUGGUGCAUGCCCCAGUCUCCAAUGUAACGGUAACUGCCAACAGCACAGACUUGGUGGAGUUCAGCAGCUCCAUCAGUCUGUCCUGCUCCUCCUCUGGAUCCUCCCUCUCUUUCCUCUGGCUGAACGGCAGCUCUGAGGUUACAGCCAGUGACAGAGUUCAGCUCACUGAUGGAAACACCACUCUCACUAUAGUCAAUGUGACCCGCUAUGACCAGGGACCAUUCAGGUGCCAUGUGUUCAGUCCUGUCAAUAAUGGCACCAGUGCUCCAUUAAACCUCUCCAUCAGCUAUGGCCCAGAAAAUAUCAAUUUAACACUGUCUCCAUCACAAGAAUACUAUGACGAAGGGUCAGACAUCAGUCUGAUGUGCUCGGCUGUCUCCAGACCUGCUGCUCUGAUUCAGUGGUUUCUGAACGGAGACCUGCUGUCUGAUUCUGGACCAGAACUCAGACUGAUGAACAUUCAGAUGAGUCAGAGUGGAAACUACAGCUGUCAGGCCUUUAACAACAUAACUAUGAGAAAUCAAACAUCUCAAACUGCAGCUUUAACUGUACUGAAAUCAAAUAUCUCCAAUGUGGUGGUAACUCCCAACACCACAGACUUGGUGGAAUUCAACAACUCCGUCAGUCUUUCCUGCUCCUCCUCUGGGUCUUUCCCCUCUUUCCUCUGGCUGAACGGCAGCUCUGAGGUUACAGCCAGUGGCAGAGUUCAACUCACUGAUGGCGGCGCCACCCUUACUAUAAUUAAUGUGGCCCGCUAUGACCAGGGACCAUUCAGGUGCCACGUGUUCAAUAAUUUCAGUAAUUACACCAGUGAUCCAGUGAAACUCUCCAUCAGCUUUGGCCCAGAGAAUACUAAUCUGAAGCUGUUUCCAUCACAACAACACUAUGAAGAAGGAUCAGACAUCAGUUUGAGGUGCUCAGCUGUCUCCAGACCUGCUGCUCAGUAUUACUGGUUUCUGAAUGGAGACAAACUUUCUGAAUCUGGACCAGAGCUCAGACUUAUGAACCUUCAGGAGAGUCAGAGUGGGAAUUACAGCUGUCAGGCCUUUAACAACAAAACUAUGAGAAAUGAAACAUCUCACCCUUCAGUUGUGUUUAUACUAUCUCCAGUCUCCAGUGUGGUGGUGACUUCAAACACCACAGUCUUUUUGGAGUUCAGCACUUCCGUCAGUCUGUCCUGCUCCACCUCUGGAUCCUCCCUCUCUUUCCUCUGGCUGAACGGCAGCUCUGAGGUUACAGCCAGUGACAGAGUUCAGCUCACUGAUGGAAACUCCACCCUCACUAUAGUCAAUGUGACCCGCUAUGACCAGGGACCAUUCAGGUGCAACGUGUCGAAUGGCGUCAGCAAUGGAAUCAGCCAGUCAGUGAAUCUUGUCAUCCAAUAUGGACCUGACAACAUGAGCAUCAAAGGACCCAAUUCUGUACAUGCUGGAGAUUUGACAAUGCUCUACUGCCACACUAUGUCUGUUCCAUCAGCGAAGUUCACCUGGCUCUUUAAAGGGAAGCCAACUAAUGGUCAUGAGGCUGUGUAUGUCAUUAAAUCGAGCCGAAACUCUGACAGUGGCACCUACACCUGCACUGCUGAGAACAUUGUCACAGGGCAGAGUCAAACAGCACACCAUGAGUUAACUGUCAUAGAUUUCUCAGACUGUGACUGCUCAGCUGCUGUUGGAAGAGCUACUAUCAUAACAGCUGGAUGUUGUGUCCUUAUUGCAGCAGUGAAUGGAAUAAUUGUGUACUGUCUGAUAAGGAAGAAAAGAGCCAACAGCAUUUAUGCAGCACAUAGGAAAGAAAAAUUGAGUGUAAAGGAGUGCCAUUCAGAUUUGUAUAAGAUCACAGGACCAGUUAAUAACGACUUGUAUGCUGUUCCUUUGAAGCUGAAAAAAUGA